AUGGGCUCGCUUAGCCUGUGGGGCAAGUUCGCCAGCUUCCACGACUCGCGCGAGAUCAACCAGCCGUGCCGGCACGACAACGACCCGCACGACAACGAGUGCCGCUCGCCUGCGGAGCCAAAUACGGCCAACCCCGUCUACGACCUCUGCUGCGACAUGGAGAGCCCCGAGGCCGGCCUGCUGCGGAUUCAGAUCUUCGACUACGACGAGUUCUCGCACCAUAAGGAGAUUGGCGCCUGCAAGCUGCGCCCAAUCCCGACGCCGCUUCACUGGUGCGAGCUGCGGCGCGAGGCGGACCACCAGGUGAUGGUGGCGCUGCGACCGUCCGAUUCGGCUCGCUCCGGCGGGCUGCCGCCCGCCAUGCCUCCGCACCCGCACUUGCCGCCGCUCUCGCCGGAUGGUUACACCGACGUGAACGCCGACGUCAUCUUCCCGUUGAUCGUCUUCCUCUUCAUCUUUGUCGCGGUGGCGUACGGGACGGCGCGGUCGGUCAUCCCGAGCGUGCUGCCGGGGAACGGGAUGGUGGAGCUGCAGGAGGAGGGCGAGCCGGGCGGCGGGCCGAUGGAGCCGGCGGCGGAGAUCUCCAGCAAAGACCUCGACGACCUGAAGGCGCAGAGAGCAGCGGCGCCCUCGCCUCACCGAUCGCAGCAGCGCGGGAGGCUCGCGCUCGAAAUGUGAGGCAGGCAGGCAGCGGGAGCGAGUGGAUUUUGAGCGAGAGUAACUAAGCUCAGCCGUAAGCGUCCCUCGGUCU